AUGGCUGCAGCGGGGCCAGCGCAGCUCCAGGUGGUGUUCGAGGACGUCGCUCUGUAUUUCACCUGGGAGGAGUGGGAGCUCUUAUCCCAGCCAGAGAAGCAUCUGUACCAGGACCAGAUGCUGAGGAAUUACUGGACUCUCGUUUCCCUGGGCUCUUCAGGUUCCAAACCAGACUUAAUCCACCGGAUCGAGCUAGGGGAGGCAGAACUCUGGAUCCAGGAUGCUGAGGGCUCCAGGGUAAACUCUGGGCCUGAGAGCCCCUCCUCAGCAGGCCACGGGGUACCGGGAAGAACAAGGACACGGUCUGAAUGUGGGGAGAACAUGGCAGGAACGCAGGAUCCCAUAUCCCACAGGGGGAUCCAUGCACAGAACACCGUCCAUCCCCGGGGUAAACUCAGCCAGAGACCAGACCUGGCUACACACCAGAGACUCCCCAUGAGCCAGGGUCCCCAUCACUGCGUCGACUGUGACAAGAGGUUCAGGAACCCCUUUGCACUGACGCAGCACCGGCGCACGCACACCGGGGAGCGGCCGUACUGCUGCGCUGACUGUGGCAAGAGCUUUGCAAAGAACUCAGCCCUGAGAACACAUCAGCGCACGCACACCGGGGAGAGGCCGCACCGCUGUGCUUACUGUGGAAAGGGCUUUGUACAGUUUGCACACCUGAAAAGACACCAGCGCACGCACACCGGGGAACAGCCGUACAGCUGCACUGACUGUGGCAAGGGCUUUGCCCAGAGCUCAAGUCUGAGAACACAUCAGUGCACACACACGGGGGAGCGGCCGUACUGCUGCACCGACUGUGGCAAGGGCUUUGCAGAGAGCUCAACGCUGAGAAUACACCAGCGUGUGCACACCGGGGAGCGGCCGUAUCACUGCACCGACUGCGGAAAGGGAUUUGCACAUAACUCAACUCUGAGAAAACAUCAGCGCAUGCACACCGGGGAGCAGCCAUACCGCUGCAGUGACUGUGGCAAGGGCUUUGCAGAGAGCUCAAAGCUGAGAAUACACCAGCGCACGCACACUGGGGAGCGGACGUAUCGCUGUCCUGACUGUGGCAAGGGCUUUGCACGUUUUGCACACCUGCAAAGACACCAGCGCACGCACACGGGGGAACAGCCGUACAACUGCACCGACUGCGGCAAGGGCUUUGCGCAGAGCUCAAGACUGAGAACACACCAGCGCACGCACACCGGGGAGCGGCCGUACUGCUGCACUGACUGCAGCAAGAGCUUUACCCAGAGCUCAGCCCUGAGAAUACACCAGCGCACGCACACCGGGGAGCGACCGUACCACUGUGGCGAUUGCAAGAAAAGCUUCAGCAUUGCCAGUACGCUGACCAGACAUCAGCGCACACACACACCGGGGAGCAGCUGUAUCGCUGUGCCAACUGUGGUAACAGGUUCAGCAAUGCCAACAAGCUCACCCAGCUCCAGUGCAUGCACACCAGGGAGCAGCCGGAUCGCUGUGCUGACUGUGGCAAGGGCUUUGCACGCAGCUCAAACCUCUGAAGACAUCAGCGCGCACACACCGAGGAACGGCCAUUCCAAUGCACUGUCUGCAGAAAAAUCUUUGCACAGAGCCAAUACCUGAGAAUACACCAGUGCAUUCAUGGCGGGGAUCGGAUGUACACGUGUGCUGACUGUGGCAAAUGCUUUGCUCACUUGGGCAACCUCACCUAGAACCAGUUGACUCACCAGUUUACACACCCUUCUGCCACCACCAGUGCCCGAGGGGCUUCUGGCAGCUGGCGGGCCUGGCACAGUGCCAGCAGAAUCAGACCAGGGAGUGGUCCUGUCCCCAUGGUGCCCAGCAGAGACUGUGAAGGGCAGGGAAUGGGACUUAACUGAGCAGUGUGGGGAAGAGCAGACAGGUGGGGGGAUUUUAGAGUAGAUGGUCACAGCCUGCACCAUUAGGGACCCCUGCAUCUAGGUGGGGUCCAGCCAGGGGUCUCUCUGUCAAACUCCCCCCAACACAUAGAGCUGUGAGGCAGCCAGGACAAUCCCUCCCCACCCCCCAUCUAGAUGGGACUGAGUCAGGAACUCCCCCCCCCCCCCCCCACCUACCUCGUUUUCAGACGGGGUGACUCUUAGGUGACAUCUGGAGAUGGGAUUUGCAGUCUUGUCUCAGCAUGGAUUGGUCCGAGGGGCGGGACAGCCCGGUGCGUGUGAUUGAAAGAAGACUCAGGAACUGCUCAUGCCAUCAGUUUUUCUUCAUCACAUUUCUAUUAAAAUAAUGUACCUAAUGUGUAACAAAGGUCUGUCUAACCAGGUGUUUCUUUGCUAUUAAAGAAGCUGAUGCAUUUGAAUGGUGUGUGGAGAAGCCAAUGUGAAGUGUAAAUCUUUAAAAUAAACCAGCCCCAAUGUA